CGGGGCUAGUGCGCACGCAGCUUCAUCCCCUUCCCAGCCCUUUCUCUUCCCGGUUUCCCUGUCAGCCUGCGGGUCGGGUCUGACGGCUGCUUCCGGUAGGAGCGCGGUGCAGGGCAAGUCGGUCUCGGCUCCUCGUCAUGUCCUACGGCCCCCUAGACAUGUACCGGAACCCGGGGGCCUCGGGGCCCCCGCUCCGUGACUUCAACAGCAUCAUCCAGACGUGCAGUGGCAACAUCCAGCGGAUCAGCCAAGCCACUGCUCAGAUAAAGAAUUUGAUGAGCCAACUGGGAACUAAGCAGGAUUCCAGCAAGUUACAGGAAAACCUGCAACAGUUACAACACUCUACAAAUCAGCUUGCCAAGGAAACAAAUGAAUUACUGAAGGAAUUAGGGUCCUUGCCUCUUCCUUUAUCUACUUCAGAACAGCGCCAGCAGAAACUUCAGAAGGAGCGUCUCAUGAAUGACUUCUCUGCAGCCUUAAACAGUUUCCAGGCUGUGCAGAGAAGGGUGUCUGAAAAGGAAAAGGAGAGUAUUGCCAGAGCAAGAGCUGGAUCUCGUCUUUCUGCGGAAGAGAGGCAAAGAGAGGAACAGCUCGUCUCGUUUGACAGCCAUGAGGAGUGGAACCAGAUGCAGAGCCAGGAGGAUGAGGUGGCCAUCACUGAACAGGAUCUGGAACUCAUUAAAGAGAGGGAAACGGCGAUUCGGCAGCUGGAGGCUGACAUUUUGGAUGUCAAUCAGAUAUUUAAAGAUUUGGCCAUGAUGAUCCAUGAACAAGGUGAUCUAAUUGACAGCAUAGAAGCCAAUGUGGAAAGCUCAGAGGUGCAUGUAGAAAGAGCUACUGAUCAGUUACAGCGAGCUGCUUACUAUCAGAAAAAAUCUCGCAAGAAGAUCUGUAUCCUGAUCCUUGUCCUGUCAGUGAUUAUUGUAGUCUUGGGAAUUAUUUUGUGGAUAAUUCUAGGUAAUAAAUGAAGUGAUUGCCUCCAAGCCUUCUUCCGCUGACUGUUUUCAAGGGCAAGUGCUUGUUGGAAUCUUGCCAGAACAAACUGAUCACAAGAAGAGAGAAUACACCAGAACGUCCUGUAAUCAUUUAGUUAGAAACUAACUACUAACUAGUCCUUGGAAUUAGUGACCUAUGGAGACAGUAUUUAUCACCUUAUGUAUGCAUUCUAUUCAUUUAUCAAAUUAAGAAUUAAUUUAUGUGGAUUUUGUUUUCUCUUGUAUUCUGAUUGCCCUUCAUCCCAAGUGUUUAUCGAAAAUUCCAUUCUAGAUAUUCUUGUUUUGGCAGGUGACACUACAGUCUUGUAAUAUUGUCUUUUUAUGUGUAUGGAAGAUUUACAUUUUGACUAGCAACUGAGAUAGAAUUACUUUCUGGCACCAAACCUACUAGAGUUCAUCAGAAACUGUAUAAUAAGCCAGCAAUUUUUAUAAUUUAACAUUUUAAUUUGAAUUACUAAGAAGCCUGUUCCCUAUUUGCUUUGAAAGAUUUUGGCAAUGCAUUUAACUAGAAAACGAAAAAUUGCACAUGUGAUCCAGAUUACAUGAGAAAGUAUCUAUUUGAGCUGGCCAGUUGUUGGGAAACAUGUUAAUCUGGGUUUUAAGUUUCUUAUCUGCUAGUGUCAUCUAUUGCAGUUCAUCCAUAUAUACACUAAACCAUCUUGUUCACUUUUUGAAGAGGUUAAUUUAAUUAACGUUACUAUACUCUGUGGGGUCCCUCUCCCACCUGUCUGUAUAGAAGGGGAGUAUUUGACAAAGCAUGCUUUGGAAAGCAAAUAGGAAUUGUUUGGAAUGAUUUAGUCUUUUUGUUUCAUUGCUAAGUUGUGGUUAUACAUUCCUGGUGAAUGAUGAAGGUUGCCAUCAAAAGGCUGCCCAUCCCUCAUAAUGGUUGCUGGGCAUUUGAUGGCAGGAAGAUUUUAAAAGCUAGACUGAAGUUGGUUUAAAAUUUAGUCCUGUGAAUCUGGCGAUAAAGCAAAGAAAAGGUUCUUUUUUGUAAAUAAUAUUGGUUUAGAAUAGUGAUGUUAGACUUAUCCUAAUUUAUGACUAAGAGAUUAAUCUCUCCCUGCAUAGUUUUAGACAAAAAAAUGUUUCAAUAAAAUAUUGCUGUCUUGUAAUAUAGAUGUUGUCCUCUCCCAUUUUUCUCAGGUCUAGGUACAUUAAAGGGAAUGUAAUUUCUUUAGGCACUCAAAAAAAUGUGAAUCGGGUUAACAAUUUCAGUUCCUCCAUUAGUGAAUUAGAGGAUUUGCUACCCUGGAUAUAUUUGUAUUUAUUUCUUCCAUUUCCAGUAAUGUUACUUAAUAUUUACUAAUGUGAACAGCAGGGAAACAAGGGCUAAAUACAUAAGUUUCUUUGCACUCCUGCACCAUCCCACCACAAAUACAAAUAAACAUUUCAAAAGCUUU